UCUUUUCACAAAAAUGACGUUACAAGUGGGUCGGAAGUUUUUGUUUUUGUUUCCUGUGACGGAGGGGAAUUUAAAACGGCAACACACAUACCGGAAAAGGAGGUUACAUCCGGAGACACUUUGAGUGCGGAAGUCUUUUCCCCUAAGGGCACUUCAUGAAAAGACUGAAACGUAAGACGGAGAAUGGAAAAAAUGGAACACCAAGACCACGCGUACACCAAUAUCCCUCAAGGCAGACCCUCCUCUGUGGAAUUCACUUAUAAAAUGACUAACAAGGAAAUUGAAGACUUAGUGAAGCUGAGGGUUUCCAAUAAAUACCUUUUCUCUGGAAAGAGAAAUUCUUCCAAGUGGGCAUGGAGAGCCAUCCUGAAACAUAUGGGCUUGCAGCAUAAGAUGACACAUUGUCAAGCAUCUAAAAAGUGGGAAAACAUGAAAAAGAGAUACAAGGAGCUAAAGAGUCCUCCAGAAGGGGUGAAAGUGUUCCCUGAAACGUGGCCUUUUUUCUCCCUGAUGGAUGAUGCUAUGGAGGGUCGUCUGGAGGGCAACGCCCCCAUCCUUAAGGCUUACUCCAGCGAUAACAACAAAGGGGACUUCUUACCCAUACCCAAGCCCAAAAAGAGGAAGGUAUCCACCAUGGAAGUAUCCUCUGCUUCUGCUGCUGAUGAGCCUGAGAUAGAGGUUUCAGUAAAUGGAAACGUGAAGUGGGAGCAAGUGGUAGUGCAGCAGGGAGACCUGGAGGUAGACCGUAUCGUGCAGGUGGAGGCGGUGGAGGACAAGAAGAUUUAUAAGGACAGUGAACAACGGGUGAAGGAAAGGGAGACAGAGGUGAUGGAAAGGGAGCGUCUGGUGCUGCAGAGAGAGAGAGCGGUGCUGGAGAGAGAGAUUGCUGUUCUGGACCGAGACCGGGCCUUACUGGAGAGAGAGAGGGCAACGAUAGAGAGAGAGCGAGCGACAAUGGAGAGAGAGAAGGCAGUGAUGGAGAGGGAGAGGGCAAUGGUGGAGAAGGACAGAGAUACUGUGUGCAGGGAUCAGCUGGCUCUGCAUCAAGAGAAAGCAAAACUGAAGAGAAUAUCUGCAGCAACAGAAAGUACCGAGGAGGUUGCAGAAGACAACAGUGAGGUUAAAGAGUCAGACACCACAGACAGGAAAGAACGAUUCUUAGUAUUGUUUGAAAAACUUGUUAAAAAUUUGUAAAAAAAAAAAAAAAAAAAAAAAAGCAACUGCACUCAGCUAUGCAUUUUGUUGAACACUAAAUUUAAAAAAAACAUUUAUUUUUGCUAAAUUAUUGAAUGUCUUUUGCACAAACUGUCCCUAAAGAAACACUUCUCUGUUUGCAUAAAUACAUUUUUGGACAGUUUUUACCUUGACUGUGUCUUCAUAUAAUUGAAAAUCCAUGAUACACUUCACCUACAAGUUAGCAAUGAAACGUUGAGCCACUCCAAGUUUGGAGAGGUCUUCAAAACGA